CAAACUGCAUAGCUUAAAACUGUGCCAACGCUAAAUAAACCCAUACAUAUGUGCCUUACUGUGCCAACGCUAAAUAAAACUAUCCAUAUGUGUGACAAGAAGUUUUUGGCCGCGGAGGAGAAGAUGACGUGUCCAGAGUCCAGGAUCAUGAUCAGGUCCAGUGAUGGACGGACGAACUACUACAGGACACAGAUUCUGGCGGCUCUGGCAGUGUCUCUGGGGCCCUUCGCCGCAGGGCUCAGCAAGGGCUACAUGUCUCCGGCCAUCGCGUCGCUACAGGAUACUAAACCUGGCGGCUUUGCUGUAAGCGAUCAGCAAGCUAGCUGGAUCGCCAGUUUAAGUUUAUUAGGUGCCCUCUUCGGUGGCGUGAUCGGCGGUCUGGCCAUGCGGUUAGGUCGACGAUCUGUGCUCUUAGCUGCUGCCCUCCCCUAUACGCUGACUUGGCUGGCCACUGCGCUGUCUACUGGGGUUGACAUGAUCUCUAUAACUUCAUUCUGCGGAGGGAUGCUGGUUUCCUGCAUAUCUAUGAUUACACAGGUAUACGUCACCGAAAUCGCCGUCCCAGACAUCAGAGGCUGCCUGAGCUCCGUGCUGAAGAUCCUCAGUCAAAUAGGCAUCCUUAUCUCCUACUCCUUAGGUGCCUAUUUGGAAUGGCACCAGCUUGCUUUAGUCGUCGCCUCAGCACCCGUGCUACUCUUCUUUGCUUUACUCUUCAUACCAGAAACUCCAUCCUCUUUACUCUUAAGAGGAAAGGAGGAAGAAGCUUCAAGUGCCUUACAAUGGCUACGAGGACCGGAUGCAGAUGUCAGGCAGGAGUUAGUAACAAUAAGAACGAAUAUUCUGGCCAGUAAAAGAUGCCAUGACGGCGGAAAGUUAAAGGCUCUCCUAUCAAAAAGAUUAACGAGACCAGUAUUAAUAACCUGGGGUCUCAUGUUCUUUCAAAGAUUCACUGCCGCUCACGCUUUUAACUUCUACGCUGUCAAUUGGUUCAGGAAGACAUUGAGAGUCCUAAGUCCUCACGGAGGUGCUAUAGCUACUAGCGUAGUCCAGCUUUUAGCAUCGUGCCUAUCAGGGAUGCUGAUAGACCAUGUGGGAAGGCUACCACUUCUAUUAAUAAGCGGGGCAAUGAUGUCGCUGGCGUUAGCUGGAUUUGGAUCCUACGCUUACUACCAAGAUGUAAUCUUGACGAGUAGUAAUGUUGACUCCGGAUCAUAUGACUGGAUUCCUCUGCUCUGCGUGUUAACGCUUACCAUUGCCUUUUCUUUAGGCAUCAGUCCUAUAUCUUCAUUGUUAGUUGGAGAACUGUUUCCAUUGGAGUAUAGGAGUACGGGAAGCGCAUUAGCUACAAGCUUCAGUCAUUUCUGUGGUUUCAUGAAUGUAAAAACUGCAGCAGAUUUUCAGGAGCAUAUAGGCUUGUAUGGCCUCUUCUGGUUAUAUGCGGGUCUUUCCGUCUUGUGUCUUCUGUUUGUUAUUCUUUUCGUUCCGGAAACGAAGGGGCGUGAAAUUGAUGAAAUGGACCCGAAAUAUGUCGAAUCGCUUUGUAUAAAUCGAUAGUACGAAUGACGUAGGCUUUAAGUGUUUGUUGCGCAGAAUAUGAUCUGAACGUCAAAUUUCUAAUUCAGCCGUAUUAACAAUAGAAUACCUUGCGACAAGACUUAAUGAUGUAAUCAUAUUGAUGAUGUCAAUUUUCAUAUUUAGACCGUAUUCUGCUCGACAAACGUAGUUUUUAAGCUUAAUUAGAUAAUUAGGUAGAUUUAUUAAUAAAUUUGGGCUACUUUAGGGUAAGCUAUCUGUCAGAUAGUGAUUAAAUGAGAUUAUCUUUAAGAUAGCCCCCAGUCUUCCAAGCUAAUACAGACAGAUCAUACAAAAGUAAUGGAAUUUUUAUUACAUCGUGAUAGCAGUAAUUACGUUUUGUGUGUCUGUAAUUGUUACGUUAGUAUUAUGUACUUUUUUUACAGAAUUGUAAAAAAAAUAUUUAUGGAAUAUCUAAGGCUGUUCAAGGGAUGCAUCUUUAGCUCGCAUACCUAAUUUCAAGUGUCUACAAUAC